CCCUAGGCUAUUCAAAGGAGUUUGUCUAUGUAUCGAAAUGCCAGGUUUACUCCUUAUUUUUGAAACGCUACCUUUCGGAUAGGUGGUUAUAUUUGGCCACCUAAUCCAAAUUUAGGGGGUUUGCUUUGGCAAGCAGUUUACGUAACAGGGUGAGUGGAUCAGUUUUACCAAUAGACUUUAAAGUCCAGAAGUGCACUAAGCAGUAGGGAUGGACCGAUGGCCAUCAGAGAUAUCCUAUUCAUAUACCGCACUCUAACAGGCUAAUAGCGCGAUCUCUAAAUGUGGAUAAGGCGGUGGAGCUUUUCCUUGCUCAUAGAACGAAAUUAGCCCUCUGAAAGACUUUUCAAGGUUUCAUAAGGAACAGACUGGUGCACAUGAGGAGGUUACAGCGAAGCAGAUGAAACCAUGUCAAGCCUUGGUUGAUCAAAGUCAAACCGGGUAGCAUCACGAGUUCUAGGAACAUAAGUAGUGGAUAGAUGGUGAUUUCUGUAUCUAACAGAAUUUUUCUACGUCCAGAUCUGAUAUCUGUCAAAAGAUUACAAGGGUUUACUGCAGAGAUAUUUCCAACCUUGGUUGGUAUAUCAGUAAUAGCAUCAACAAAAGGCCAAGAAUUUUUCGAGUGGGUUGCAGCCGGUUCAUUUCUAGAACAAUGGCUUGAGUCCGUGGUUUUGCAACACAUGAGAUGGAAUGUUCGCCGGAAAGAUGCGGAUACACCAAAUCCUUCCACCCGGAUGCAUGUGAAUUUCAUGUUGCGGAGGCCAACAGGGGCCCUCUCACAUACCCCAGGAAGUGCAAAAACCAUAGACAGUCUCCCCUGUGGUAUUUGGGCUCAACACAUGCUGCGAUAGCCUGUACAGUCGUGGGA